CUGAGGGGCGAAUGGGCGGAGCUGCACACAUGCGCUGAGCUGGCAGGGUCCGGGGCUGGUCUUCGAGGAAAGGGAGACACGGCGGGCUGACUGACUCCGGUCGGGGCUUGUCUAAAUCAGACAGCCGCUUCGAAACCUCCCCAUCGCCCGUCUCUGUGCGCACUCGCGGAGGAACCCAGGGGCGACGGUCGGAACUGGGAAAGACUGCAGAGGCACCCCCUCCCCUCCUUCAUCCUCCUCCCUCUCUCCUCUGAGGCCCCCCCGCGACCACCAUCGCCACUAAGCGAUGCACUUUUUAUAUUCCAAAUCUUUCUUUUUCUUCUUCAUUAUUUUUAUUUAAAGAAUGCAAGGUUACUCUUGUAAUUCUGAACGGGUUUCUGAAUGCGCAAGGACGUGCAUAUUCCUUGGAAACUGACAGAUGGCAACAACCUUUUUUUAAAGAAUCCAUUGCAUCAAUUUUUUUAAAGUAUUUACUAAAAAAAAAAAAAAAAAAAAAAAAACAGAUGGUUUUCAACGCGAUUUUCUACUCUUUACCACCUUAACUCACCAAAUCAGACAGUUUUUUAAAACGGCGAAGGGAGCGACCGCUAAAAAAUAAUUUUAAAAAGCUCGUUUGCAGCAAAAGAGGGGAAAAAAAAAAGUUUACCCCCAAAAACAGGAGAUUACGACCAUUCAGCGAGACCCGGGCAUUCCAAAGCUGGGCUGUCUGGGCUCCCUGCCAGGCGUGUCUGUGUGUAGCGCCUGCGGAGCUGCCCGUCGCCGAGGCGAUGCUGUCCCUAGACGAGCCCCUGGACCUGAAGCUGACCCUGUCGAAUGUGCGGGGGGCGAGAGGGGACCCCCCUACGGACUCGCACAGCGCCCGGCGGUGCCAGCUCAAGAUGGCCCCGGACGGAAGCGCGGUGAUCAUACCAGCAUUACCCUCCUCCCCGCGCACAGGUCAGUCCACACUGCCCCGCUCUCAGUCCCAGGAGAAGCCUGAACCCCGAAACACAGCCACCCCCGCGAUGGGGCCCAGCCUGUCCCCGGCCCCCGGCCCCGCGGAGCUGUCUGAAGGGAACGGGGCGUCGCCCAGCUUCAGCAGGGAUUCUCCACCAAUCCGGUACUUUGAGGGCGGGGCCAGUUCCCAGGCUUUCCAGUUCUUUCUGCCUAUUGGUACAGGUGGUGGGCUCCACCUACCAUCCUCCAUGUUCAUUGGCCCUCCGAAAGAGAAGCCCGCCUCCCCGGAACUCACCGCCGACGAGCAGCUGGCCUGCCGCUGGGUCAAGUGCAACCUGCUCUUCGAUUCGCUGCAGGACCUGGUUGACCACGUGAACGAUUUCCACGUCAAGCCUGAAAAGGAUUGUGGGUACUGCUGUCACUGGGAGGGCUGUGCCAGGAGGGGGCGUGGCUUCAAUGCCAGGUACAAGAUGCUGAUCCACAUCCGCACCCACACCAAUGAGAAGCCGCACCGCUGCCCCACCUGCAACAAGAGCUUCUCACGACUCGAGAACCUCAAGAUCCACAACCGCUCGCACACAGGGGAGAAGCCGUACAUCUGCCCGUACGAGGGCUGCAACAAGCGCUACUCCAACUCCAGCGACCGCUUCAAGCACACGCGCACGCACUACGUCGACAAGCCCUACUACUGCAAGAUGGCGGGGUGCCUGAAGCGCUACACCGACCCCAGCUCCCUGCGCAAGCACAUCAAGGCACACGGGCACCACGUGAUGCACGAGCAGCAGGGGGCGCUGCGGCAGGGGGGCAGGGGGGCGGAGGGUCCCUACGUCAGCGGGACGCACAUCAUCAUCCCCAGCCCGGCCGCCCUCUUCGGCAGCCACGCCCUUCAGGGACUGGGCCGCUCCCUGCCUCUCCCGCUGAGCGCCCGGCCCCUGGACCUCAGCACGCUGGCCUGCGCGGGCUUGGGGUCCCCCUCCCUGGGCGCCCUGGCCAACCCAGUCCUCUCCCUCAACAGUACUCCAAUCGGCCUGGCCAAAUCGCCCAUGGUGUCUUCCGGCUUCUCCGCUAGUGGUCUGGGGCUGCCCCUGGUUUCCUUGGUGACCGGGGGGUUCUCACAAAAAAGCGGGGUGCCGUUCGGGAAGCACUCCAAACUGGCCAGCUCCAAGCCCGCCAGCAAGCUGAGACCCAGAGGGGAAGACCUUGGGGGCAUACCUGGGACUGUCCUGAAUCUCUCCACCGGGGCAGGCGCUCUCUCCAGCCCUGAGUCGCUAACCCAGGGCUGGGUGGUCAUUCCUUCUGGCUCAGUUGUCCUCAAACCGGCCGUUGUAAACUAAUCCACAUUCCUGGGGGGGUGGGGGGUGGCUUGGAGGGCAAUCAGUAGAUGUCAGGAUGUAAAGGGGUCGCUCAUCCUGAAGCUCAGAGCUCAGAUAACAUUUCCUUUCCUCUAUACAGAUUUCUUAAAGACAACGGUGGACAGUACCACGUGAUGGCAUUACUUUUCUCUUGUGCAACAGGGAGGACCGUGGUUUUGCUUUGUGCGUUUUUAGGGGCAGCUUGGCAGAAACAGCUCAGUUACAAUAGCUCUAAGCUCCUCUCUCUUUGGACUGGCGGUCAUGCUGUCCAUGGAAUUCGGUCACCUGGUCAUCCCAUCGGCUCUUCUGCAUUUCUGAUUUACAUGCAAUCACACCGAACAUUCACCCGGAACACUUAAGUCGCACGUUUUGAGUUGGUUUUUUAAAGAUAUUUACCGUGGAUAGAUCCACAGAGAUCUAUGAGAUCUGGCAUGUCUGGUUUAAGCCUGUUUACCUGUAUUGGAAAGUGGCUGCCAGUUUGACCCCAGUUCUUUGAAGUUGUGCCUUUUGAAUCCUGCCCUGUCCUGUGCAAUUUGUAGAAAUGCUAAUAACAUUGAGCCCGGUGCAAUCUGUACACAUACUGAUAAAAUAAAUAAAUAAAAUAGAACCUAAACACAUAUCUGCUUAAAUUGGCUCAAACAAGCGGACGAGGUGGGAAAUUUCCACCAUGGGACGUUAAUUCAGUAAAAUGACUUGCCGUGGCCAGACACCAACCCCAGGGGGAGCCAGGGACCAGGUCAUUCUGAGAGAGUUGAGCCGCUUUAGGAAGCACCUGUGUUGAGGGCAGGAUCCCAUCCCAGGUGUUCCCUAAGUGGGCUUCUGAAUCUACCAAUUCUCCUCCCUGCUGCAGCACAGUGACCAGCCUCUCCCUGCUCUCUCCUGCUGUAACGAAGGCACUUCAGAAACACAGGGAUCAUUCCCCAAGGACAUUUCAAUUCAUUUUUUUUUUUUUUUAAGACGAGACAUUUUCUCAUGUCGACGUUGCUUUUUUUUUUCGGUGUGGCCAUACCGCCAGCCGCGUGUUGUAAAAGCCUAAUGCGUGCUGCUGGGAAACCAGCCCCCACUGGGACUUGUCACGUUUGCAGGACAAGGCGGACUGGCAGGGCAGGUAGCUCACUUCCGCUGCUUAGCUUGGCUCAGCUCCUCGGGGAGGAGACGUUCAGCAGACACGCUGCCGGCUUUCCUUGGAAACAGAGACGAGCGCUCAGCACAGAACAGCGCAGAUACAGGGUUGCUGCUGGAGGGAGAGAACCAUCACCGGAGUGGAUAGAGCCAGGCACCACAGCACUGGAACAAGCUUCUAGGAGCACCGACAGCACUGCAGCGCAGCCUUGAAACAAGUGGUCACAUGGAGCAGGUAAUGCACCAACAGUGAAUGCAUUUCCAGAACUGUGACUUUAAAAAAAAAAAAAAAAAAAAAAAAUUGGUGCCGUUGACAAUCUUGAGUAAAGAGAAUCAUGCCCUGCAUGACUUCAUCUCCAACCCAUACUGGAAUAACGAGGCACAAGUCUGUUUUUACUUUCAGAGUUUAGAGUAGGAAUGCAGUCUUGGUGUGGUGUCAUCCUCGAUGACCACUUGCCCCCACUGCCCCACCCCUCCUCUGAAACCCCUGGUCCUCCAUCCUUCCACGCUUCAGACUGCAGCGCUAAACCCCACCAGCUUGUCAGCCCAGGACGGCUGAAGCAGCUUCCAUCUCUGCUCAGAAGAAGCCUGCCGCUUCCUGUAAAUCAGGCUGUGACUCAAAGCGUGAUUCAUGCAAUGGGAUCCGAGACAGGACAGUAAACAGGGCUGGUGCUGCUCCAUAGACCCCCACACAGUGCUGUCCAGCGCACUGUAGUGGAGCGAGCCAAGGUUGACACGGACCCGCCCUGGGUCCAAUCUUUAAAUAUAAUUAUAAUUAUAAUAAUAAUAAUAAUAAUAAUAAUAAUAAUAAUAAUAAUAAUAAUAAUAAUAAUAAUAAUAAUAAUAAUAAUAAGCUGUUUGACCUAUUAACCCUUUGAGCACUCACCUGCACUUUCAACAAGCAACCUACACCCCCUCCCUCCUACUCAUUUGCAACGAUAGUCUUCAUCAGGAGGGUCUUGUGAAUGGAAGGUCGUGGUUUGUAACUCAGUGUCUGCACGGCGUUUCCUUGUGCCCAGUAUUUUAACUGUAGUUGAAAGUAAUCGUUUCCAUCAAUGGAGCUUUCAGUUUCUUUUUUUUUCUUGGGACUGCGUCCCACAUAGCGAUCUUUGUUCUAUUCUGUGAUUUUGUUAUUCUAUAUAUUAUUAUCGCAGUAUGUUUAAGCUUUCUUUGCUGCUCCUUGACUGUAGAUUUGCGGCGGAAUGAUUAUUUUCCUUCACUUCCCCGUGCCGUCGAUGCUGCUGGUCAGUAAAAACCAGUCUAAGUGUUAAAAGAACAGUGUUAAAAUAAAGGAGAAAAAACCGAUAACUCUCAUCUCAAAAAAUACUUUUAUUGGUUAAAAAAACAUUUAAAGAACGACUUAGCAUUGCCUUCAUCCUGCUCGACGCUGUCAUAAACCAAAAAGCAACGUUCUGAAUGCUUCUUUUAACCAGUUUUUUUUUGUGAUAUGCGAGUUGCAGGGUUUCCUUUCCUUGAUUUGGAUAUUGUGUUUCACCCUACGCACAACAGCUUCUUUUCGAUCCUCGUGUUACUGCCGAAAGCAAAGCCAGCUUGAGACUCACCGGUCCAGAACUGUGCAGUUAAUGCAGGAACCACGGAGGCGGCUGCAUGCAGAUAAGACUAGCAAUCUCGCUGCCCUUCGACCAGUACCUCACUUUGCCAUGACCUCCCUGCAAAUACCAACAACCGUUCAGAUUCGUAGCUUCUCGCUCCCCAUCCUGAAUACUCCAGGCAAGUACGUUUGUGAACUACAGCUUUCUUUUAUUUUUUAGUAUUAAUAAAUGAAUUAAUUAGCCACCACAGUACGCAUUAAAAAGGGAUGCCUUGGUUUGAAGUGUAAAUAUGCUAUGGCAGUGCACAAAGGGUUAAUAUUAGACGAAGGCCUGGGAAAGGGCCAGUAUCAGAUUGUUUUUUUUGUUUAUUUUUGCACAUCAAGAUAUUUUUUAAUAUCAGUAUUUUUAAUGGUUCGAAGUGCCUUAUAUUAUAAUUAAAAUGUAGAGGAUAUACAGUAUAUAUAUAUAUAUAUAUAUAUAUAUAUAUAUAUAAAAUAAAAUAAAAAACUAUAUAUAUAUAUAUUUUUGUGGCUCCAGUACUGAAGUCACAUGUUGCAGAAUUUUAGUUGUAAAAGUCUUAAUUGGUACAACAUAGCAGUGUGCUCCUGUUUUAGAGGGUGUUAACUAUGUCAAAAAAAAGUUGAAUAAAGUUGCAUUUGAUAA